UGUUGGCGCGCGAAUUGGCUAAUAUGUUUGAAUACUAGAUUGUGAACGUUGUUGGGUUUUGAGCAAUAUAUUAUUAUUAAAAGUGCUAAAUACCGACUACUUACGUGCACCAAGUUUGAAGGCCAAGACGUACUUUAAUUCUGUCGUUAAAUUAUCAAUAAAUAAUGCCCGAAAAUACUGAAAAUGGUAAAAAGGCUGCUGACACAUUCGACCCAAGUUCGCUCCAGGACUUGCUUCCGAUUUACUACAAGCGUCUAUUUCCACAUCAUCAGUUCUAUCGUUGGAUGUCAUAUGGUCUCUCGGAGGCAUCCGUCUUUGCGAACCGUGAAUUUUCAUUCACACUAGAGGAUGACAUUUACCUACGAUACCAGUCGUUCGAUAGUCAGGCAGAUCUGGAGAAGGAAAUUUGUGCGAAAAGUCCGUGCAAAAUUGAUAUCGGUGCCGUGUACAAUGUCCGCCCGAAAGAUCACCGAGCCAGUACGGUGAUGAAACCAUUACAGCGCGAACUAGUUUUCGAUAUCGAUAUGACGGACUAUGAUGAGAUUAGAACUUGCUGUAAUGAGGCCAAUGUUUGUCCAAAAUGCUGGAAAUUUAUGACAAUUGCGUGUAAGGUGAUUGAUGCCGCUCUGCGGGAAGACUUCGGUUUCGAGCAUAUGCUGUGGGUGUUUAGUGGGCGUCGAGGUAUUCAUUGUUGGGUGUGUGACAAAACGGCAAGACAUUUGGAUACAAAAGGACGAUCGUCAAUUGCAGAAUAUUUGCACAUUUUGAUAAGUGGUGGAGAAGGAUCGGUCACGAGGGUCAGUCUAGGAGAUAGAAUGCAUCAUGCUAUCAAAAGAGCACACAAGUUGAUUACACCGCUGUUCGAAGAAAUUUGCCUUGUUGAUCAGAACAUGUUCGCUACUCCGGAUGGUCUCAGGAAGCUGCUGGCCAUGGUACAAGAUGAAGGUAUCCGGCUAGAGUUGGACAAAAAGCUUAAACCACAUCAAGGGGAUUCCAAAGCUAUUUGGAAGGCAUACGAAGCGUUUUUCGAAUCCCUUCGAGUUUCGGGCCAAAACAAAGCAAGAAAACUCAAAUACAUAAUCGAGGAAACGCAACUAGCUUUUACCUAUCCACGAAUUGAUAUUAAUGUCAGUAAAGGGUUCAACCAUUUAUUGAAAUCGCCGUUCUGUGUUCAUCCUAAGACAGGGAAGGUUUGCGUUCCUUUCAAUCCGAAUGUGGCUGAGAAGUUCGAUCCCACGCAGGUUCCGACUAUUACGGGUUUACUGAAUGAGGUUAACACCUUCGAUGAGAACAUCAAAGCCGAUGGAGAAGAGGAACGAUCCCGAAUCAAAGAUUACAAGAAGACCAGUAUGUUAAGAGGCACUGUUAUUUUUGAGGAAUUUCUACGGAAGUUAGAACAAACGUUUAAAGGCAAGGCGAUUUUAGUUAGCGAUAAGAAGAUGGAGUUUUAGGUUACAUAUGUCGACCAAUAAAAACCAAAAUCUUUUGUAA